UUGGCCGGGCGCGGAGCGGGGCGCAUGGCGCCGGGCGCACUGCGCGGGGGCUGCGAACAAAGGACCCCCGGCGGUGGCGCGAGGACGGCCGCGCUCGGACCCCGGCUCUGGCCCAGCCCUGACCCAGCCCCCUCCCCAGGCGCGGCGCCCCCCAGGAGCCGAAAAAUGAGCGGCGCCCUGCUCUGGCCGUUGCUCCCGCUCCCGCUCCUGCUCCUGCUGCUGUCGGCGCGGGACGGCGUGCGCGCCGCGCAGCCUCAGGCCCCGGGUUACUUGAUCGCAGCUCCCUCUGUUUUUCGCACGGGCGUGGAGGAAGUCAUCAGCGUGACCAUCUUUAACUCCCCAAGGGAAGUCAUGGUCCAGGCUCAGCUGGUGGCCCAGGGUGAGCUGGUGGUGCAGAGCCAGGGAGCCAUCCUGGAUAAAGGGACAAUCAAACUCAAGGUGCCCACGGGCCUCCGGGGCCAGGCGCUUCUGAAAGUGUGGGGCCGCGGCCAGCAGGCAGAGGAGGGGCCCCUCUUUCACAACCAGACCUCGGUGACUGUGGACGGCCGGGGCGCUUCUGUGUUCAUCCAGACGGACAAGCCUGUGUACAGACCCCAGCACCGAGUGCUCGUAAGCAUCUUCACCGUCUCUCCAGAUCUGAGGCCUGUCAACGAGAAGCUGGAAGCCUACGUCCUGGACCCCCGAGGCUCUCGGAUGAUAGAGUGGAGACACCUGAAGCCAUUCUGCUGUGGCAUCACCAACAUGAGUUUCCCCUUGUCCGACCAGCCUGUGUUGGGAGAAUGGUUCAUUUUUGUUGAAAUGCAAGGCCACUCGUACAACAAGUCUUUUGAAGUUCAGAAGUAUGUGUCGCCCAAGUUCGAGCUCCUGAUUGACCCGCCCCGGUAUAUCCGAGACCUGGAUGCCUGUGAGACAGGCACUGUUCAGGCCAGGUAUACCUUUGGGAAACCUGUGGCUGGUGCCUUAACGAUCAACAUGACUGUUAAUGGUGUGGGGUACUACAGCCACGAGGUGGGACGCCCUGUCCUCAGAACAACCAAGAUCCUCGGCUCCCAGGACUUCGACAUCUGCGUGAGGGACAUGAUCCCAGCGGACGUCCCCGAGCACUUCCGGGGCAGGGUCAGCAUCUGGGCCAUGGUGACUGGUGUGGACGGGAGCCAGCAGGUCGCGUUCGAUGACUCCACCCCCGUGCAGAGGCAGCUAGUGGACAUCCGGUACUCCAAGGACACGAGGAAGCAGUUCAAGCCGGGCCUGGCCUACGUGGGGAAGGUGGAGCUAUCCUACCCCGAUGGCAGCCCAGCUGAGGGGGUGACAGUCCAGAUUAAGGCAGAGCUGACACCGAAGGAUAACAUCUACACCAGUGAAGUUGUGUCCCAGGGUGGACUAGUGGGGUUUGAAAUCCCCUCCAUCCCCACGUCAGCCCAGCAUGUGUGGCUGGAGACCAAGGUGAUGGCACUGAACGGGAAGCCCGUGGGGGCUCAGUACCUGCCCAGCUACCUCUCUCUUGGCAGCUGGUACUCCCCCAGCCAGUGCUACCUGCAGCUGCAGCCACCCUCCCACCCACUGCAGGUUGGAGAAGAAACCUAUUUUUCUGUGAAGUCCACAUGUCCCUGCAACUUUACCCUGUACUACGAGGUGGCUGCGCGGGGCAAUAUUGUGCUAUCAGGCCAGCAGCCUGCCCACAUCACCCUGCAGCGAAGCAAGCGGGCUGCCCCUGCCCUGGAGAAACCGAUUCGUUUAACACACCUUUCUGAGACAGAGCCCCCACCAGCCCCAGCAGCUGAGGUCGACGUGUGUGUGACCUCUGUUCGUCUGGCCGUGACCUCCAGCAUGGUCCCCCUUGGUCGACUGCUGGUCUUCUACGUCAGGGAGAAUGGAGAAGGGGUCGCUGACAGCCUUCAGUUUGCAGUUGAGACCUUCUUCGAAAACCAGGUUUCAGUGACAUAUUCAGCAAAUGAGACCCAACCCGGGGAGGUUGUCGACCUGCAGAUCAGGGCUGCAAGGGGCAGCUGUGUGUGCGUCGCCGCAGUUGAUAAGAGUGUCUACCUGCUCAGGUCUGGGUUCCGGCUGACUCCUGCCCAGGUUUUCCAGGAACUGGAAGAUUAUGAUGUUUCUGAUUCCUUUGGCGUGUCCAGGGAGGAUGGUCCUUUUUGGUGGGCUGGGCUGACGGCCCAACGACGCCGGCGCUCCUCUGUCUUCCCGUGGCCUUGGGGCAUCACCAAGGACUCUGGGUUUGCCUUCACCGAAACGGGACUGGUGGUGAUGACCGACCGAGUGAGCCUGAACCACCGGCAGGAUGGUGGCCUCUACACCGAUGAGGCUGUCCCUGCUUUCCAGCCCCACACAGGGAGCCUGGUGGCAGUGGCUCCUUCCAGGCACCCCCCCAGAACAGAGAAGAGAAAAAGGACUUUCUUCCCCGAAACAUGGAUUUGGCAUUGUCUCAACAUCAGUGACCCAUCUGGUGAGGAGACACUCAGUGUGAAGGUCCCGGACUCCAUCACCAGCUGGGUGGGUGAGGCCAUGGCCCUGUCCACCUCUCAGGGCUUAGGCAUCGCCGAGCCCUCCCUGCUGAAGACCUUCAAGCCCUUCUUCGUGGACUUCACGGUCCCCCCGCUCAUCAUCCGUGGGGAGCAAGUCAAGAUCCCGCUCAGUGUCUACAACUACAUGGGCACCUGCGCCGAGGUGUACAUGAAGCUCUCGGUUCCCAAGGGCAUCCAGUUUGUUGGGCAUCCUGGCAAACGCCAUCUGACCAAGAAGAUGUGUGUGGCCCCCGGGGAGGCUGAGCCCAUCUGGGUCGUUCUGUCCUUCAGUGACCUGGGGCUGAACAACAUUACAGCCAAAGCCCUUGCUUACGGAGACACAAAUUGCUGCCGGGAUGGGAGGUCCAGCAAACACCCUGAGGAGAAUCACGCCGACAGGAGGGUCCCCAUCGGGGUGGAUCACGUGAGACGCAGUGUGAUGGUUGAGGCCGAAGGAGUCCCCCGGGCGUACACCUACAGCGCAUUCUUCUGUCCCAGUGAGAGAGUCCACAUCUCCACCCCCAACAAGUAUGAGUUCCAGUAUGUGCAGCGGCCACUGCGCCUCACCCGCUUUGAUGUGGCCGUGCGAGCUCACAAUGAUGCCCGUGUGGCCUUGUCUUCUGGGCCCCAGGACACAGCAGGCAUGAUUGAGAUAGUCCUGGGGGGGCAUCAGAACACCAGGUCAUGGAUCUCCACCAGCAAGAUGGGAGAGCCUGUGGCCAGUGCACACACAGCCAAGAUCCUCUCCUGGGAUGAAUUCAGAACAUUCUGGAUCAGCUGGCGUGGUGGUUUUAUCCAGGUUGGACAUGGUCCAGAGCCGUCCAAUGAGUCUGUCAUUGUGGCCUGGACCCUCCCGAGGCCACCAGAGGUCCAGUUCAUUGGCUUUUCCACCGGCUGGGGCUCCAUGGGUGAAUUCCGAAUCUGGAGGAAGAUGGAGGUGGACGAGAGCUACAGCGAGGCCUUCACCCUGGGGGUCCCGCACAGCGCCAUCCCUGGGUCUGAGCGGGCCACCGCCUCCAUCAUCGGGGACGUCAUGGGGCCAACCCUGAACCACCUCAACAACCUCCUGCGGCUGCCCUUUGGCUGUGGAGAGCAGAACAUGAUCCACUUUGCUCCCAACGUCUUUGUCUUGAAGUAUCUUCAGAAAACCCAGCAGCUUAGCCCUGAGGUGGAGAGACAGACCACCGACUACCUAGUACAAGGCUACCAGCGCCAGCUGACCUACAAGCGCCAGGAUGGCUCCUACAGCGCGUUUGGGGAGCGGGACGCAUCGGGGAGCAUGUGGCUCACGGCCUUUGUCCUGAAGUCCUUCGCACAGGCUCGCAGCUUUAUCUUCGUGGACCUCCGGGAGCUGGCUGCCGCCAAGAGCUGGAUCAUCCAGCAGCAGCAGGCCGAUGGCUCCUUCCCAGCCGUGGGCAGGGUCCUGAACAAGGACAUCCAGGGUGGGAUCCAGGGCACUGUCCCGCUGACAGCUUACGUGGUGGCUGCUCUCCUGGAAACAGGCACAGCCUCAGAGGAGGAGAGAGGCUCCAUUGACAAAGCGAGGCACUUCCUGGAGUCUGCUACGCCCCUGGCCACAGACCCCUACAGCUGUGCCCUGACUACCUACGCGCUGACCCUGCUCCGCAGCCCGGCAGCCCCUGAGGCACUGCGCAAGCUCCGUAGCCUGGCCAUCAUGCGAGAUGGGGUCACCCACUGGAGCCUGACAAAUUCCUGGGAUGUGGACAAGGGCACAUUCUUGAGCUUCAGUGACAGGGUCUCUCAGUCAGUGGUCUCAGCUGAGGUGGAAAUGACAGCUUACGCCCUUCUGACCUACACUCUGCUGGGUGACGUGGCCGCCGCCCUGCCUGUGGUGAAGUGGCUGUCCCAGCAGCGAAAUGCACUUGGGGGCUUCUCCUCCACUCAGGACACCUGUGUGGCUCUGCAGGCCUUGGCUGAAUAUGCCAUCUUGUCCUAUGCUGGAGGCAUCAACCUCACUGUCUCCCUGGCCUCCACCAACCUGGACUACCAGGAAACGUUUGAGCUGCACAGGACCAACCAGAAGGUUCUGCAGACGGCAGCGAUCCCCAGCCUCCCCACGGGGCUGUUUGUGAGUGCCAAGGGGGACGGCUGCUGCCUGAUGCAGAUUGAUGUCACCUACAAUGUGCCUGACCCGGUGGCCAAGCCGGCUUUCCAGCUGCUCGUAAGCCUCCAGGAGCCCGAGGCCCAGGGACGCCCGCCCCCCAUGCCUGCCUCCUCAACUGAGGGUUCCCGAGGAGACCGGCCCCCAGCUGAUGAUGAUGACCCAGCAGCCGAUCAGCAUCACCAGGAAUACAAGGUGAUGCUGGAGGUGUGCACCAGGUGGCUGCAUGCAGGGUCUUCCAAUAUGGCUGUCCUCGAGGUGCCUCUGCUGUCAGGCUUCCGGGCAGACAUCGAGAGCCUGGAGCAGCUGCUCCUUGACAAGCACAUGGGGAUGAAGAGGUAUGAAGUGGCUGGACGCCAAGUGCUCUUCUACUUUGAUGAGAUCCCCAGCCGGUGCCUGACGUGUGUGCGGUUCCGUGCUCUCCGGGAGUGCGUGGUGGGCAGGACGUCGGCGCUGCCAGUCUCUGUGUACGACUACUACGAGCCCGCCUUCGAGGCCACUCGCUUCUACAACGUCAGCGCGCACAGCCCACUCGCCCGGGAACUGUGCGCCGGACCCGCGUGCAACGAGGUGGAGCGCGCCCCUGCCCGGGGCCCGGGCUGGUUCCCCGGCGAGUCGGGCCCUGCCGUGGCCCCUGAGGAGGGGGCGGCGAUCGCGCGAUGCGGCUGCGACCACGACUGCAGCGCCCAGGGGGACCCGGUGUGCGGCUCCGACGGGGUGGUCUACGCCAGCGCCUGCCGCCUGCGGGAGGCCGCCUGCCGCCGGGCCGCGCCCCUGGAGCCCGCGCCUCCUAGCUGCUGCGCCCUCGAGCAGCCGCUGCCGGCCUCGGCGUCCUCCACCUACGGGGAUGACCUGGCUUCUGUGGCCCCGGGGCAUUUACAGCAGGACGUGAAGCUGAAUGGAGCCGGCCUUGAGGUGGUGGACUCAGACCCUGAGCCUGAAGGGGAGGCGGAGGACAGGGUCACGGCUGGGCCUCGGCCUCUUGCGGGCAGCGGGAACCUGGAAAGCAGCACCCAGCGCGCCAGCGCAUUCCACAGAUGGGGCCAGACUCCGGCCCUUCGGAGAUGUAGUGGCUGGGUGGUGGGGGCCCACGGGCCAGGGCUCCUGAGCCCUGUCUUCGUGUACAGCCCAGCCUUUCAGAGUGGUGGGGAGGAGGGUUUAUGGAUGUCAAACACCUGCACCCUGAGAUAAUCCUACAACACAUGCAGUUGUGAGACCACAGUUUGGUCCUGGGGACCAUUCAUACCCGCACACCCAGCUUAUGCCUGUGGUUAACAUCUCAGAAAACUCUAGUAAAUGAUCACUCCAGGAUAUUGACACGAAUACACGUCACUGAUCUUACUUA